GGUCAAAGUACAUCGAGAUGAAUACUUGGUAUUAGAGGGAAGCAUUCCGAUAAUUACACACAUACAAUCGUGCCAUUUUUCUGAUUGUCCUAUUUCAGGAGCCACAGAUUUCGUAGGCCUGAACUUUUACACCUCCAACUUGGCAGAAUACCAUCUGGACGACACAUAUAAACGGGAUUACUAUUCCGAUAUGGACGUCAGAUUGUCUAAAGACCCGUCAUGGCUUGGGUCCGGGUCAUCAUGGCUAACUGUCACUCCAUUUGGAAUUCGCCGUAUGCUGAACUGGAUCAAGGAUCACUACGGUGACGUUCCUGUGUUUAUAACAGAGAAUGGCAUUUCUGAUAGAAACGGAUCCCUGUCUGACGAUCAUAGAAUCUUCUACUACAAACACUACAUCAAUGAGAUUCUAAAGGCUAUUCGCCUAGACCACGUGGACGUACGUGGGUAUACUGCGUGGUCCCUGAUGGAUAAUUUUGAGUGGUCUAGGGGAUACUCGGAGAGAUUUGGUCUCCACUAUGUCGACUUCACUGACCCAGCGCGACCCCGGAUACCUAAAGACUCUGCAAAAUACUAUCGACAGCUCAUCGAAAAUAAUGGAUUGUUCAAGGCCACGUCACCUUCAACACCCGCACUGUCAGGACGUGGACCCCUGAUACAAGAGAAGAAAUUCCUGUACGGAAUAUUCCCACAAGGCUUUGCCUGGAGUGUAGCAACUGCUUCUUACCAGGUCGAGGGAGGCUGGCAAGCAGAUGGUAAAGGCCCCAGUAUCUGGGACACGUUCUCUCAUCAAGGUCGCGUGGACAAUAAUGACACGGGCGAUGUGGCGUGUGACAGUUAUCACAAAUACAUGGACGACGUCCAGCUUCUCAAAAACAUGAAGGUGACACACUAUCGGUUCUCCCUGUCAUGGCCCCGGAUAUUACCGGACGGCACGACACGCUAUGUAAACCAGGCAGGGGUGGAUUAUUACAACCAGCUGAUAGACGCCCUGUUGGACGCUGGGAUCACACCCAUGGUCACACUGUACCACUGGGACCUACCUCAGGCUCUACAGGACAGAGGCGGCGGCUGGCUAAACGCAUCAACAGCUGACCUUUUCGCCAACUUUGCAAGACUAGCCUUCGAAACAUUUGGAGACAGGGUAAAAGUUUGGAUCACCAUUAACGAGCCUUGGGUGGCUUCAGUGCAUGGCUAUGGUUAUGGAACUAUGGCCCCGGGAAUUGUAAGCCCCGGGGACGGCCUGUACAUUGCUGCCCAUAAUCUCAUCCGGGCACACGGGAAGGCAUACAGAGUCUAUCAAAAUGAGUUUAGUCAGGUCCAAAAUGGGACUGUGGGCAUUGUCUGUAACUCUCGCUGGUACGUCCCAAAGUCGGAGGGUCGUCCGCAGGACCUAGCAGCCACCGAGCGUGCUCUUCAAUUUAACCUAGGAUGGAUUGGCAAUCCUAUUUUAAUCAACGGCGACUACCCCGACAUCAUGAAAUGGCAGAUCGGAAACAAAAGUGAAGCACAGAAUCUAAAACAAAGCAGACUGCCAGAGUUCACGUCAGAGGAGAAAAAAUAUAUAAAGGGUUCAGCUGAUUUCAUCGGACUGAAUUUCUACACCUCAGACGUCGUAGAGCACUACGAAGACCCGGCCGUGCCACACGAUUACUACUCGGAUAUGGACGUCAGAGUUUCUAAAGACCCUUCCUGGCUUGGGUAUAACAACUCGUCGGGAUCUGAUUGGCUGAAGGUGACCCCUACUGGAAUACGACGGAUGCUGAACUGGAUGAAGGAUCAGUAUAAGAAUGUUCCUAUAUUUAUCACGGAGAACGGAGUAUCUGACAGGAAUGGAUCACUGCUAGACGACAACAGAAUCUCCUACCACAAAAAUUACAUCAAUCAAGUCCUCAAAGCUAUUCGUCUGGACAAGGUGGACGUUUCUGGGUACACCGCGUUUUCCCUGAUGGAUAACUUUGAGUGGUCAAGGGGAUACUCCGAGAGAUAUGGCCUCCACUACGUCAACUUCACUAACCCAGCGCGACCCAGGCUGCCUAAGGCAUCGGCCAGGUACUACAGAAAGCUGAUCAAGGAUAACGGUUUCCUGGAACUUGAGUCUAAACCUAUUCCUCCGUCAGAGGGAAAUGAAUUCUACUACGGAAGUUUCCCGGAACAUUUUGCGUGGAGCGCCGCGACGGCAGCAUACCAAGUAGAGGGAGCAUGGAAUGAAGACGGUAAGGGACAGAGUAUCUGGGACACGUUCUCUCAUCAAGGUCACGUGGACAGCAGUGACACGGGCGAUGUUGCGUGUGACAGUUACCACAAAUACAUGGACGACGUCCAGCUUCUCAAGGACAUGAAGGUGACACACUAUCGGUUCUCCCUGUCAUGGCCCCGGAUAUUACCUGACGGCACGACACGUAGUGUGAACCAGUUGGGUUUGGAUUAUUAUAACCAGUUGAUAGACGCCCUGUUGGACGCUGGGAUCACACCCAUGGUCACACUGUACCACUGGGACCUACCUCAGGCUCUACAGGACAGAGGCGGCGGCUGGCUCAACGCCUCAAUAGCUGACGUCUUUGCCGACUACGCCAGACUUGCCUACCAGAAGUUCGGGGACAGGGUUAAGACGUGGAUCACACUGAACGAGCCGUGGGUGGUAUCUGUCCAGGGGUACGGACAGGGCAUCAAAGCCCCAGGGAUCGUCAGCCCCGGGGACAAAGUCUACAUCGCCGCUCACAAUCUCAUCAGGGCCCACGGCAAGGCUUACAGGCUCUAUGAAAAAGAGUUCAAGAACACCCAACAGGGGAAAGUAGGCAUCACAUGUAACUGUGACUGGGAAGUACCUAAAAGUGAGAGCGUUCCCUCCGACCGCGAUGCUGCCGAGCGUGCACUCCAGUUCCACUUUGGAUGGUUCGUCAAUCCAGUGUUAAAUAACGGAGACUACCCUGACGUCAUGAAAUGGCAGAUCGGGAACAAAAGUGUCAUUCAGAAAUUAAAACAUAGUAGACUGCCGGAAUUCACACAAGAGGAAACACGUUAUUUAAAGGGUGCCACCGAUUUUCUAGGUCUGAAUUUCUACACCUCUAACCUAGCGGAAAAUUAUGUCGACCCUGCAACUCCACGGGAUUAUUAUGGAGACAUGGAUAUCAAGCUCUCUAAGGACCCGUCAUGGCUAGGGUCCGGGUCAUCAUGGCUAACUGUCACUCCAUUUGGAAUUCGCCGUAUGCUGAACUGGAUCAAGGAUCACUACGGUGACGUUCCUGUGUUUAUAACAGAGAAUGGCAUUUCUGAUAGAAACGGAUCCUUGUCGGACGAUCAUAGAAUCUUCUACUACAAACACUACAUCAAUGAAGUUCUAAAAGCUAUUCGCCUAGACCAUGUGGACGUACGUGGGUAUACUGCGUGGUCCCUGAUGGAUAAUUUUGAGUGGUCUCGGGGAUACUCGGAGAGAUUUGGUCUCCACUACGUCGACUUCACUGACCCAGCGCGACCUAGGACGCCUAAGGCCUCAGCCCACUACUACAGACACAUCAUCCAGAAUAACGGCUUCUUCUACGGUACAGACAUUGGACCAGCUAGCUCAAUCACGGUGGCUAUGGUUCAAAAUAAAACCCUACCAAAAGAGAAAGUGUUCGUGUACGACCAGUUCCCCGAGGGGUUUGUCUGGGGUGUGACAACCUCCGCGUAUCAGAUAGAGGGAGCCUGGAAUGAGGACGGUAAAGGAGAAAGUAUCUGGGAUGUGUUCACACACCACCGUCAGUCUCCCAACGAUGACACAGGAGAUGUCGCCUGUGACAGCUACCACCUUUGGCGGGAUGAUGUCAUGGUAUUAAAACAGUUAAAGAUAUCUCAUUACCGCUUCUCUAUCUCCUGGUCUCGUGUUUUACCUACGGGAGCUGCUAGCAACUCGAGUAAGGCGGGCCUCCAGUACUAUAACCAGUUGAUUGACGCCUUAGUGGACGCUGGGAUUACACCUGUGGUAACGCUCUACCACUGGGACCUGCCCAGGGCCUUGAAGCAGAGUGGGGGCUGGCUCCAUGAUGAUAUCAUCGAAUAUUUCAUAAACUUUGCUGACCUCUGCUUCUCGAGAUUUGGCGAUCGGGUGAAGAAAUGGAUCACAUUAAGUGAUCCCUACUCAAUAAGUGUGAAGGGUUAUGGCGUUGGGACGCUAGCCCCAGGAGAGGUUGGUGAGAAUGUGUACAAGGUAGGACACAACCUUCUUCGUGCCCACGCAGCAGUCUACAAUUUGUACAGUCGUAAAUACAAACCCUACUAUAAAGGAACGGUGGGAUUAGCCCUUACCGCUCCCUGGGCUGAACCCUUUAAUCGUUCACACGAACAGGACAUACGAACAUCGGAGCGCGCUCUUCAGUUCAUAUUCGGCUGGUUUGCCAACCCGAUAUUUAAGGACGGGGAUUAUCCCAUAGUGAUGCAAACAUCUGUACUUGAAAACAGUUUGAAGGAAAAUAAACUGGACAGUAGGCUUCCGGAAUUUACUGCCGAGGAAAAGAGGAUGCUAAAAGGAUCUGCCGACUUCCUUGGACUUAAUUUUUACAACUCCAUCUUAGUAAAACAGAAUGCAAAUUUGUCGCCGAAAACUCUCGCUUAUUUUUUGGAUAUGAAUGUUGAUACGAGUGCUGCCGUUGUGUGGCCAGUUGGCACUAACCAACGCACUUCGCAACCAGAGGGACUAAGGCGAAUCCUUAACUGGAUCCACCAGACUUACUCCCCCGCGCAGAUCUACGUCACAGAGAACGGCAUGUAUGACACGACCGGUUCCCUCGAGGACACGGACCGGGAGGAGUAUAUCAAACAGCACACCAACCAACUGAUGAAAGCUAUAAGUCUGGACAAGAUUGACAUCAAAGGUUACUUCGUCUGGUCGUUAAUGGAUAAUUUUGACUGGGAAGACGGAUACUCGCGGAAGUAUGGACUAUAUCAUGUGGAUUUUAACAAGGCAAAAAAGACGCGUACAGACAAACAAUCUGCAAACUUCUAUAGACAGCUGAUAGAAAACAAUGGUUUCCAUGACAACAGCACAAUGACCACACAAGCGCCCCCUGUUGUGAUCACCACAACUCCGAAAGUCGUAAAACAUGACCAGGGUGUAUCGGGAACAGUUUCUCCUCACCAAACGCCAUUCACUGUCGUCACCGCGAUUUUCAUAGGAGUCAUACUAUUGUCAGCUUCUUAAACGUAAAAAAAAAUCUUUGUGUUUGAGACACCUUCCAGUCAGCAUAUUUUAAAGACGAAAACGAUGACUUUUAGAGAAUUGUAUAUUCACUUGUUAAAUACAAAUAGUCUUCCAAUGAAAUGACACUCCUUUUAAUAAAAUAAACAUUUAUACAAACUUACA